GUGUCCCCCCUGUUCUGUACUCCCCCUCAUAGACGCCACGCACUCCACACUUUCAGAAUCAUCCCAUGAUCCAUGUUCCAAUCAUGGUUCUUCUGACUUCUCUGCCGUCCCUGUCUCCUCCUACACUCCGGCGCCUCACAUAUCUCUCUCUCUUCCUUUUACUUCUCAUCGUACCUUGCCUGCUACGCCACACUUCGUCUGCUCAGGGAAAACAAGAUAGUGUUGGGUAUAUAACGAGAUGCUAUGCUACUUGGAGCCUUUACAAUGCGAAGAGCCUUAUAGUGCGCGACUACCAUUGCCUCUAUUCUUGUUUCAGGAACCAGCCAUUUCUCACCAUUAAGCAAGAGUAGAGUCAUGAAAACGUGUAUCUAUACGAUGCUCGAAUCACAACUCUUGUUUGCUAGAGAAUGCCAGGAACAGUUCGCUGGGAAGGGGCCGCCGAGUUCAAUGGUAGCCUCAUGCAAUAGUUGCUGUGGUGCCCAUCUGGCGCAAAUGAGUCUCAUCAAAAAUCGACGUACUCGACAAGGGGCUUCUGCAGGUGCGUGGCGUCGAGAAAGACGCCCGACGCCCGUCAUAACAGAUGCCGAACCCAGUCAUUCUUUACUCCACGGCAAUUCAUCAAGAUAUACCUUGAGGUCGUACACAAUGAAAUUUGACA